AGUAGAUCCUUCAAAGGAUGCAGACCCUGAAUUGAGACACAGCCACAGACGUUCCCGAUUUUUAUAAAUGCAAACCCGCCAAUAGUUUUCAACAACUGGGCAUCAUUUAAUUUAUUUUCAACAGCAUUUCGAUGGAUAUUUCCAAACUACACAUUUUCUCAUUAACAUAAAUGUUGAGCAAACAAAAACGUUUGAAAUGAAACCCGGCUUCUUCACUUGAAUAAUUUUCACAAAUUUAAAGACAAAUUUCAUAAAGUAACUGUUUUUAUUAACAUAAUUACCGCCAACCCAAGUAACUAGUUGUAAACACUAUCAAGUUUUAAUUUGUAAAGGUGUUUUUGAACAGCUAAAAUAUCGCGAUAGCUUACAAGACUGCUUAGAGCUGGUUGCCGCGGUAACGAGUUUCGCCUGGGUCACGGUGAACUAGCAAAAACAGAUGUUUUUGCAUACUCAAAUUCGGUAUUGGAUUAUUAACCGAAUAAAAUUAGUUUCAUUUAAAAUAUACAACAAUGUUUAAAGGAGCAGCGUCAACGGACUCUGCACUGACUUUUGAUGAAUAUCAGUGCACAGGAAACGUGGAGACUGACUUCCCUGAGCUCUGUGCUCUUCUGGGUGUGAAAAAUAUCCCAGAGGUCUGCACCAAAUCUUCCACCAUCACCAGAUCUGAAGGAGUAGAUGCUGAAGACAAACAGGAUUCACCCCACUGGUCAGUGGCGCAGAUAAAUGUUGAGCUGGAAAAUAAAAAUCCUCUUAGUGCCAAAAAGAUCACGAUUUCUGGAUGGAAAGUGAACGAGCGGAUCUUCAGAGUGUUGCAGAAGAUGCUUCCUUCCUUGAGCCAGAUAGCGAGCCUUCAGCUUUGGCAUGCAGGACUGACAGAUCAGAUGGUAGCCUCCCUCGCAAACACACUCCCACUGUGCUCCAGUCUCAGAGUCGUGUCUCUGGAGGGAAAUGUUCUUCAAGACCAGAGUUUUCACCUUCUUUUCACUGAAAGCUGUGUCCUCACCCAACUGCACUUGCGAUGCAAUCGGAUCGGAGAUGAAGGUGCUCGUCUGAUUGGUUCGGCUCUCUCCACCCCCACAUCUGCUAACAAGAACCUCGUGUACCUCAACUUGGCAUUCAACUGGAUCGGAGAUGCGGGUGCUGCGCAUAUUGCUCAAGGCCUGCGGCUGAAUCGAACGCUGCUUCUUCUCUCACUUGCCAACAAUAUGAUCGGAGACUUGGGAGCUGCUCAUCUGGCUGCAAUACUUGUGGAUUUUCCCCUAACUCACGAGGAGAUUGUGGAGAGGAGGAAGCUAACUCUGCAAAGAAUACGUGCUCGUCCUCAGUCCGAUUCUGUGCAAUCGCCUGUGAAAGUUGUCAGUGAAAUGGAUCACAAAGACACAUCCAGAAAACAGAAACAGAAGGAAUCUUCCAGAAAAAAUGAGAAAACAACUGGGAAAAAAGAAACUGCCAACACAAAAAUUGCUGACAUUGAGGCAGAGGUUGGAAAUCCAGGAAAACAACUUGCCAAAGAGGAUCCUUCAAGAUCUCUGAAUGAGGCAGAAUCAGAGGAAACAGAGCACCUCCUGCUGGACAAGUCUGUGUACAGCAAGGACGGGCAGCUUUUCCUCCCUGGACACAAGUUGCUAACUUCCCUCAACCUGUCAGGAAACAGAAUAACAGAGAAGUCACUUCCUCUGUUUCUGAAUAUGCUGGAGAUGCAGGAGGAAAAGGGAAGAAGCCUGUUACGCCUGCGUUUACAGAGAAACCUCUUCCCUGAAGAACACCCAACAUACCUGAAGAUAGAGGAGAUACUGGCCCUCAGAAGCCCUCAGAUCUGAAACUAAAAGUUGGAUUUACGUCACCAACCAAGUUAUGUCUGCAAAUAAAACAGUUACAUAAAACAAAACACAUCAAAAUUUGAUGCUGAAUGAAAUGUUUCAAAGAUAUAGGACUUACCGCCACCCAGAAAAUAGUUAAAACAGGAUGUCUGUAAUGGUAUUAUAAUAACAUGCUUAAAAACUUUAUUCUGAAGGGACACCUGGCUUUUUAUUCCUCUAUAACUUUGAUAACAUUUUAUUAAUUUCUUCUUCUGUUAUUUGUCGUUUAAGUGUGUUUGUUUUUCCAUUGCGGUAGAAGGUAAAUCUAGUCUGCAGUUGUUAAAUCUGCUGCUGGGGGCUGGCCAUAUAGAUUUGAGUAAUAAGCUAUAAAUGAUUUUUGUAUUUCUUCCAGGUUGCAUUGUGUCUUAUUGGUCUGCGGAUUCUUUAUCUUAUGUAUAAAUCUGUCAGCCUGUUGCUUUCAUGCUUUUCCAAAUAAACGACCACAUCAUCG